AUGUCAUCCAUAGGCAGCAUCGGGCGGCGGGACGCCACGGAGCAGCGGCUGCCCAAGACCAUCAAGGUCAAGAACAAGCAGCCGUCGGACCGCCAGAUCACCGCGGAGCAGAUCUUGCGUGAGGCCAAGGAGAUCCAGCUCGAGGAUGACUUCAAGGCCCCCAAGACCAUCAUCACAGACCCUGAGGAGUUGGCUGAGUACCGGCUGCGCAAGCGCAAGGAGUUUGAGGACCUGCUGCGGCGGGUGGGGCGCUGGCAGCCAGGGGUGUGGGUCAAGUAUGCUCAAUGGGAGGAGGGUCAGAAGGACUUCAGGCGCGCGCGCAGUGUGUGGGAGCGCGCCCUGGACAAUGACUACCGGUCAACCACGGUCUGGCUCAAGGUGCGGGGGGAGAUGUUGAAAGAGUUGAAAGAGUUGAU